AUGACUGAACAACUGAUAGAAUGGUUUAGGGACCCGUCAAACAAGGCUUAUUGGAAUGAAGACUUGGUUGCCAUAAGAGAGUCUCCUCUUGGAGGAGUAGGAGUCUUUGCUAAAGAAAAGAUUGGGCAUGACGAAGAGGACGAUGAAGAGAACCUUCUUCUGAGAGUAUCCAAGCAGUCGAUUUUAAGCGGCAAGAACUCUUUCAUUUCGAAUUUGCUCCAUGAAUGUGGUGCUGAUAGUCAUUUGGGACUUAUCUUGGCGUUUUUGUAUGAGAAGUCCUUAGGCUCCGAUUCUCCAUGGUAUGCAUAUCUUCAAACAAUUCAACCUAAGAAUACUAAGGGUUUAAUACUUCCAGUUCAUUUAUGGCCAGAUGAGAAGAAAAAUCUGCUAAUAGGAACUGAGCUUUAUUCAGUCUUGGAUAAUUUUGAAGAAGAGACUGAAGGGCUGUUUGAGUCUUGCGUAUCGUUUGCCAGAGAAUACGAAUCUGUCCUCAAAGUCCCCACUGAGUUAGCUGUUGAUGAAAACAAUGCCAAAGAAAAACUUUUGGAAUUUGCUGCUAUAACAUUAGCAAUAGCUUCUAGGUCGUUCAAUGUUGAUAAUUACCAUGAAUUGGCCCUUGUUCCAGGAGCCGAUCUUUUCAACCAUGAUUCAUACGGAAGGGAGCAUGUACAUUUCGAAGCGUUGGGAGAUGUUUGCCCAUUUUGUGCCAGUUGUGACGAGUGUGGCCAUAUAGAGCAUGGAGCUCCUGACAGUGAGAUAGAAAGCGAUUUGGAGCAAGAGGGUGAUAACGAGGAAGACGAGGAAGACAAAGUUCACGAUGACGCGGAUACCGAGGACGGAAUGGAAGAUAAUAAGAAAGAAGGUAAUAAUGAACCAUUUGAGGUGACGGAAGACUAUAUUACCAAGUUGGAAAAAGAACUGGAACGUGAAGACAUGUCUGACGAGGAAUCUGAUGCCUCCGAAGCUGAAGGGCACGAUAACUCUGAUAGUGACAUGAGCGAUAUCGAUGAAGACAGUCUUUUGAUACCCGAUGUUUGCUGUGAUAUCAAGAUUGUCAAGUCAAUCCCAAAGAACAAGGAAUUGCUCAACACCUAUGGGGAUCUAAACAAUACGUCCCUGUUGACAAAAUAUGGAUUUACGUCCCUCAACAACCCCAAUGAUUAUGUGAGUCUUGGAGACCAGGCUUUAAGCCAGCUCAAGAACUUCCCAGAUCGUAAAGACUGGUGGGAUUCCAAGGGAUACGAAGUGUUCAACGAUUAUUUGCAUUACACAGCUCAAUUAAAUCAAGAGGAGUACGACAACGAAGGGGUGGAAGACAAAGAAGAAAAGGAAGGCCAUAAAAAUGGGGAGGAAGGUGACGAUCAGUAUCACUCUGACGCCGAAUGCCAAUCAUGCAAUGGAGACUCCCAGGCCAGUCCAGGAUCCUGCUGUAACUCAUGUGAUGGUGGUAACGAUGAAGGAGAAGAGGAAGAGGAAGAGCAACCAGAAUAUCUACCAUGGCAAGUUGAAUUGAGAGUCAAUGCGGAGGGAAGGCCUUCCCAAUCUACUUAUGCUCUCGCAAGACUAUUGUCUCUUUCAGAGGCUGAAUUUCAAGAGCUGAGAGAGGCAGACGAUAAAACCCUGUUCCUGGAAAAGAUCGGUACUCUGGAAUCUCCUGAAAAGGCAGCAUAUCAGAAUAUUCUAAAUUGGUGCAAGCAAAGAUCUACCGCCUACCAAGAUGGGGGACUGACUAGCAACGACUAUGAGAAAGCCAUUAGGGUAACCAAAGAUUCUCAAAAGCUGGCCAUCUCGAUUUUGGUUUUCGGUGAAAAGAAGGUCCUAGAACAGUCAAUAGCUUCUCUCACGCAGCAGAUCAACUAG